CCACAGAGUAUGAAAAGAGACUUUAGUUGCAUCAAGUGUAGUAGCAGUAGACAAAUGAGAUCUUAUUCGUAAAAAAAUGUGGCUACUUGAAUUGCUUAUUAUUUGUAUAUUUUUCUCCAUGACACUGGCCAUGGAAGAACGCAUAAGAUGUUCUAUGGUUCUUAAAUAUUGUGAAGAAAAAGACCAAAACGUCCCUCUGUGUCUUGAAAGAAAAAUGAGAACUUGUUUUCAUGGACGAGAUCUUCAUAACAGAGACUUUUAUACCAAGAAUUUUGAGUAUUUCUCAAAUGAGACUCAACUGGUGACGAAAGAUGGGCAUGUAAUCCAUAUUCCCCAUGAAGCCCUCAUGAAAAGCGGUUUGACAAAGAACAGUAGUGUGUCCCUGGUUGUAUCAAUAUUCAACAACCGUAUUUUCAAGGCACCUGCUGUUCAAGGAUCUGUUCAGGAGAAGGUCUUAGGUGUGUGGCUUGGUACACAAGAUCUCCACGACCUUUCUCAACCUAUUAAAUUGCAAUUUGUGAACACCAAUCAAAGUGUGAAUGGGAAUUGUGUCUUCUGGAAGCAUUCAAAUAAUUCAGGUCAUUGGAGCAGUGACGGAUGUAUCACAAGCAGGAACGAUACAAAUUUUAUCUGCAGUUGCAACCACCUCAGUUUUUUUGCAGUUCUCAUUAAUCCUGGGAGUGUGCAAGAUGCUGAAGAUGUUCGCCGUCUUGAAUAUAUUACCUACAUUGGGUCUUCUUUCUCUGCGCUAUUCACAGCCCUCAUCAUCAUAUUGUUUUUAAUUCAAAGGAAGAGGAAAUCGGAGCACUCUGUGGUUAUUCAUGUGCAGCUAUCAGGCUCACUAUUCCUACUGCACCUCUUCUUUCUGGCCAGUGCAUUGGGGUCUGGGGCAGAAAACAAAGCAGUAUGUCAGUGCCUUGGCCUCAUUUUACACUGGGCCUUGCUAGCCACUUUCACAUGGACUGCUAUUGAAGGUUUCCACUUGCACCUACUCCUUGUGCGGGUCUUCAACAUCUAUAUCAGGAGAUAUUUGCUCAAACUAAGUUUGGUGGGCUGGGGAUUUCCUACAAUUACUGUGGUGAUCUGUGGACUGACUGGUGAAUAUGGCAACUACAGCUUAACAGAAAGUAACAGCAAUGAAACAAAUCUCUGCUGGAUAACCAAUAAGACAGUGAGUUACAUCACAGUGAAUGGUUAUUUGGGGCUGGUGUUACUCUUCAACACAGUGAUCAUGGUUAUAAUCAUGCUGAAGUUAUGGCAGUUAAAAUGGCAAGGUGUCCAGACUGGGAACAGACUAAGAAGGCUGUGGAAAGACUGGGCCUCUCUGCUGGGGAUCAGCAUGGUUUUGGGGCUCCCAUGGGGACUGGCAUUUAGCACCCAUGGGCCUCUGAGUCUACCAGGGAUUUACCUCUUUACCACCCUAAAUGCUUUUCAAGGUGUUUUUGUGUUCCUGUGGUUCUUAUCAAUCAUGUGCAAGUCAAAGUAUGAGGAGAAGAAUUCAACAAAAAAUUUCUCCAUGAGUAAUUUCAGCUCAUGAUAGUGACACAAAGUACUAAACUAUAAUGGGUUGAAUUGAGAUGCAGUAGAUGAGGAUUUGUCAUGAGACAACUUUGUCAUACCGGAAAUCAUCGAAGUUGAACUCUGUCUGUCUUUAAAUUAUGAAUCAAAACUCAAUUCAAAAAAGAAAUUCAUACUUUACAGUAUUCUGCCAAAAUGGAAAGUUCAAUGGAAAUGGAAAGGAAACUUAGAUUUAGAUUUAUGUCUUCUGUAUAAGUGUGUCUGAAGGAAAGAACAAAUUUUAUAUAUGUUUAAGUGAACACAACACUGUCUACCUUCAGAUUAGUUCAAUUUAUGACUAAUGGAUUAAAACCCGUGUCUUUAUCUGUUUUCCUGAAAUCAGCCAAUGGCUUUACAACUGUUGUUGUUGUUGUUGUUGUUGUUGGAUUUAGUUUGCAUUCCCAUUUAAAGGUCAUCUAAUUUUUUUUUUUUUUACCAUUAAAAAAUUGGAAACACUAACACCAGUUUACAUCUGGGCAAAGAGUAUAAUAUGAUAAUCACCUUAUGAAUAGAUAACCAGAUAUCAUAAUAACAAUCAUAAUUCUGCUAUGUAUGUAAGUAAACAUGAUCUGCUAUAUUUCUAGCCAUGGGACACGUUGUUUAAAUGAUACACAACAGAGACGUUCAAAUAGUUUGAGCAGAUGAUCAACAGUGAAAACUAUUCAUGGCGUCUUCAAGGGACAUUAGACAAGUGAUUUGUAAAAGGAUUAUAUUGAAUAUAUGCUGGGUUUGUUUGUUUGUUAUAUUGUUCACUGCAUUUACACUUCGCACUGUUGCACAACUCUUAUUUUCAUGUGAUUUUACUCUAAUUUCAUUCCAACAGGCAAUAAAAGCCUGACAUGAAUGGGA